CAAGACAAGAAACGGAAUGAAUCAAAUACCAUCAUAUCUCUUCCACUUUUAAACUCACUACUAUAUAUAUAUACACACACACAAAAUCUGUGUGCACAAAAUCCAUCAUCAUCUAUGGUUUAUUACAUCUAGCAAAAAAAAUAUGAAUGAUGGAAUUGUGCAGAGGGCUCUCUCCAGCCUGGGCAAGGGCUUCGAUUUAUCGUCGGAUUUUCGACUGAAAUACUGCAAGGGCGACGAGCGGCUCGUCGUCCUGAACGAAUCCGACACCCGGGAACUGCGGGUCCCGGGUUUCGGAUCCUUGGCUGACGUGUCGAACGACAUAAAAUGCGAUAAGGGUGAGCGUACGAGGUACCAGACCGACAUCCUGGACUUCAAGCAGAUGUCGGAAUUUUUCAACCAGAAAUGCUCGUUGCCGGGGAAGAUCCCAUCCGGGUUGUUCAACGCGAUGUUCGGGUUCCAAAGCGGGUCGUGGGCCGUGGAUGCUUCCAACACCAAGAAUCUAGGGUUGGAUGGAUACUUCAUCGUGCUGUUUACGCUUCAUAUUCAUCGCUAUCCCUUGAUUCUUGCUCCUCAUGUUAGAAACGCAGUUCCUUCUAAAUGGGAUCCUGCUGCUCUUGCCAGAUUUAUUGAAAAAUAUGGUACUCACAUAAUUGUGGGGCUGAGCAUAGGUGGAGAGGAUGUGAUAUUAGUAAAGCAAGAGAAAUGUUCAAACAUGGAGGCAUCACAACUCAAGAAUCAUUUGGAUAAUCUUGGAGAUCAAUUGUUUACUGGGGCAUGCACGUUUUCUCCACAUCAAUGCACCAAAACUAAAGACCAAAAGAACAAGGCACCGCAGGCUUUCAGUGAGAUCUUUGAUCCACAACCAAAUCUGUUCAGCAACUACGCAUCUGCAACGGCAAAAGAUGGGAUAAGUGUGAUAUGUUGUCGAAGGGGAGGAGAUUCAAAAAUGGGCACACAUUGUGAAUGGCUGCCGACAGUUGCAUCAAACCCAGACGCCAUUCAUUUCAACUUCAUUCCAAUUACUUCUCUUCUUAGAGGUGUCCCUGGAAAAGGCUUCUUGUCCCACGCCAUCAACCUCUAUCUUCGUUAUAAGCCUCCAAUAGGUGACUUACAGUACUUCCUGGACUUUCAAGCCCAUAAAAUAUGGGCCCCCAUUCACAACGACCUUCCUUUGGGCCCCAAAAUGAAUAAGGCCUUCCAAACACCAUCUCUCAACUUCAAUUUGAUGGGCCCAAAGCUAUAUGUUAAUACAACUCAGGUUACGGCAGGAAACACCCCCGUCACUGGAAUGCGGUUAUAUCUCGAGGGCAUCAAAUCUAACAGGUUAGGCAUACACCUCCAACAAUUGGUAAACCCGCCGGUGCUGCUGGAAGACAAGCUCCAACAAUCGGGCAUGUGGCGGAGCACGGAGGAGGCGCCCGAGCACCAUCGGUACUUGGAGGCGAUCCAGUGGAAGAAAUUCUCCCACGUGUGCACCGCCCCUGUGAAGUAUGACCCCCAGUGGUUGAACCCGGGGGCUGAGGCCGCCUUCAUCGUCACUGGAGCCCAACUCCACGUCAGCAAGGACGUCCUCCACCUCCGCCUCCUCUACACCAGGGUCUCCGCUGCCUACAUCGUCCACUCCAAUUGGAUGCAAACCGCUUCCGCUAACCACUCAUUGAAAUCGGGGUUUUUCUCCUCGAUCAGCACUUCCAUUACCGACAAGGAGAAGUCGGCGCCGGUCAUAGUGGACUCCGGCGUGUACCCGACAGGGCCACCGGCACCGACUGCAGCGCAGAAACUGCUAAAGUUUGUGGACACGACGCAGCUAUGUCGGGGGCCAUCGGAUAGCCCCGGGCAUUGGCUAGUGACGGGGGCCAAACUGGACGUCGAGAAGAGGAAGAUAUGCUUGCGGGUUAAGUUCUCUUUGUUGAACCUUUCGUCGCCGCAAUGACCAAAACACUUAUUUGCAAUACACAAAUAUAUAUGUUAGUCAAAUGAUGAUGGGUAUUUGCAUAUACAAACUGAUGUGUAAAGAAAAAAUAGCAUUUCUUCAUUCUUUUAUUACUUUUUAUGUUCUUUUUCAUAGCAAAAUAUGAAUAUUUGUAGAUUUCUUUUUUUUGGUUUUCUUUUUUGUUUGAAGCAAAUGAAUGUAAAUGGUAAAUAUUAUGAUUUGGCA